AUGAAGGGUAUUUCAACAAGAUAUAAGAUGCAAUCAAUGCCAUCCCCAAUAACAACAGAGAUCUUGGAAAAAGUGACCAUUCCUAUAGACAAGUCUUACAGAAUACUCAGUGACUAUAAUGCCAACAACACCAUCAUAACUUGGAAUGACAAUGCUGAAGCAUCAAGAAUAUAUUCAUGUGGAGCUCUAAUAGUGUUUGUUUCUGAUUUUGUUGCGAGAUAUAUUACAAUUGAGAAUUCAUAUGAGCCAGACGAUAACCCUAUUGUAGCUGUUGCUAUUAGAGUUCCAGGGGACAAAUCAACAUUUUAUAAUCGUGGUGUAGAUCUUAUAUGUGGCAAUGGGCAAUCUCUCUAUGAGAAAUGUCUUCUACAUACAAUUCCUCGUCAAAAUGGAGCCAUUGUUGCACAAAGAAGGAAUAUAAGUGGAGAAGCAACAGGGCUUGUGACAUGUGGACAAAAUAAAUAUUUUGGACCGGGCUCAAACAUUGAAAGGAGAGUUCCACAGACAUAUAAUGAGUUGAGUGAUGCUAAAGUUAAAUGUCAUCUACAUACAAUUCCUCGUCAAAAUGGAGCCAUUGCUGCACAAAGAAGUAAUGCAAGUGGAGAAGCAACAAGGUUUGUUUUCUUAAGCUGUAAGGUGACAGGAGGUGGAUUAAUAUAUUUGGGUAGAGCAUGGGGAUAUUACUCCACAAUUAUAUUUGCCUUCACCUACAUGGAUAAUAUUAUAAUCCCUCAAGGACGGGAUGAUUGGAAUGAUCCUAGAAGACAAAAGCUUGUGACAUGUGGACAAAAUAAAUGUUCUGGACCAGACUCAAACAUUGAAAGGAGAGUUCCAUGGGCAUAUAAUGAGUUGAGUGAUGUCGAAGCCGCACCUUUUCUCAUAAAUCAGUUUUGUUAA